ACUUGGCAUCAAUGGAUUCCAUCAAAUCCUCCACUGUUGGAAUAACCACCAAUACUGCUAAUUUGUCCAGCGAAGAGAGAGAACUAAAGCUGCAUAUAUAGCAGCAGGAACCCCUGCUGAAAGUGAUUCCAUUGAGAAAUCCUAGGAGAAUGAGAAGGUUAAGCUACUAAAUUUCAUUCAUUUUAAGUUGCAUUAGGAUAGAAAAUUUCAAAGAUAAGAACUGAAAUUUGAUUAUUUAAUUCAAAAUUAAAUGUACAAAGGGUGAGAAUUCAUAGUUAUACACACAUAUUCUGUUUUUUCUCUGAAUGCAAGUAUUCAAGAAGCUGACACUGACAGGGACUAAGAAAGCCAAGGAUCGAGAUGAAAUUUACUACUUGCCACUACACAAAGCUGCCUUAAUGGGUAAAUGGGAAGAAGCAAAGGAAAUAAUUGAUGAUGAUCAGAAUGCACCGAUUGCCAAGGUUACCAGAGCCGGGGAAACCGCUCUCCACAUUGCAGUGAGCACAGGUCGCUCCAUACAAUUUGUACAGAAGCUUGUGAAUUUAAUGGACAAAGAUUUAUUGGGACAACCAGAUGAAGAGGGGGACACACCACUUCACUAUGCUGCUUUUGCUGGCAACACAGAGGCUGCGAGGAUAUUGGUGAAAAAAGACUCAAAAUUGCCGCAGAAAACAAACACAUAUGGUCUGACGCCACUUCAUUCAGCUGCUGCGAAUGGCCAAAGGAAAGCAGUGUGCUAUCUUCAAUCAGUAACUCAUGAUAAGGAUCCAAGUCCAUUCGCUGGCAAAGUUGGUGUCAAACUUCUCAAUCUUUUGAUUACUGCUGAUUUUUACGAUAUUGCUGUUGAUCUGCUAGAGCAAUAUCCUUCCUUAGCACUUGGAAAGGACACUGAUGGAAAAACUGCCUUCCUGACAUUGGCUCUAAAGCCAGGCGCAUUCCAAAGUCGAAUUCAGAAAGGAUAUUUCAGGAGCUUGUUCAAUCAUUUUUUUUCAGGUACUGAGUGUCCAAGCAGUUACCCUCAAGGUGGUGAUGUGGAAAAUGCAAUUGGUAGUUCAGAAAAAGGCCUUACAAGUCCAACCAUAGUGAAAAAAAUGUCCAAGCAUAAACAAGCGCUUAGGCUACUUGGACUCUUGAUUUUUGAAACUUUAAAAGGGGAUAACGCAUCAAAAGUUAGGAAGCUAUUAUUAACUCCAGUGCGGCUUGCUGCUCGAUUGGGGAUUCAUGAGUUUGUUGCAGAGGUUAUUAAAGCCUACCCUCAAUCACUUUGGGCAUUCGAUGAAAAUGGAAUGAGUUAUUUUCAUUUGGCAGUAAAAUAUCGCCAUGAAAACAUUUUCAGUCUCCUUUGCCAUCAAAUGAGUUCUCGGAAGCAUUUUAUAACCAGAUCACGAGACAGAUUUGGCAAUAACUUGCUGCAUUUGGCAGGGGAAUUGCAGCCAUCAGAUAAGGUUUCCGGUGCUGCGCUGCAAAUGCAACGAGAGUUGCAAUGGUUCCAGGAAGUUGAAAAGGUUGUCCAACCCUCAUACAAAGAAAUGAAAAAUAGAAAAGGUAAAACUCCAAGAAUGGUGUUUACUGAAGAGCACAAGGUCUUACGCAAACAAGGUGAGAAAUGGAUAAAGGACACAGCUUCAUCGUGCAUAGUUGUGGCAGCACUCGUUGUCACAGUUACAUUUUCUGCAGCUUUCACUGUGCCAGGAGGCAAUACUAGCGAUGAAGGGAUCCCAAUUUAUUUAAAAGACGCAGCUUUCCUCAUUUUUGCAACAUCAGAUGUAUUUGCUCUCUUCUUUUCAUCCACCUCAUUAUUGAUGUUUCUGGGCAUACUUACAUCACGCUACUCAGAAUAUGAUUUUCUCAAAGCCUUACCAAUGAGGAUGAGCAUCGGUCUUAUCUCAUUAUUCUUUUCCAUUGUGUCCAUGCUCGUUUCUUUUGGCUCAUCCCUUCAAAUAGUUCUAUCUCAUAGUGUUGAUAGGAUUUGCGUUCCAAUUAGCUUACUAGCUUGCGUGCCAAUCACCUUGUUUGCAAUUUUGCAGUUCCCUCUUUUAGUUGAAAUAGUCUCAUCCACAUUUGGACCUGGCAUUUUCCGCAAACGAAAUGAUGAAAUAAUCAUGUAAUCGUGGAGUUGGAGAAAUGACUUCUGAAGAUAUCUCCUCCUCUGUUUACCUGCCUUUAUUUCUCUUGUUUUGUUUUAUAAUAUUUCUGUCUUUUUAAACUUUUAUGUAAAUUUGUUGCCUUCCAUUAAUUCCAGUUAGUUCAUGUUGCUGUUGGAUCAUAUUUAGUCGUGUUUGAAUCUGUUAUCUUAGUACUGCAACUCUCUUCUGGAAUUAUAGAACAUUUAAUAUUGGAUCCUGCUGCCCAAACACCGACGAUAGGAUCACCAGCUGAUACUGACGUGCAUACCAGCAAAGAUUGAUAAGAAAUCAAAUCUC